GCCGCUCGAAUGAACGGACUGGACGAGGUCCGCAGACUGGAGAAGACCGUGUGCGACGGCGGCACGGCGCUGUCACAGGCGGAGGCCGAGAUUCUGAGCCGCAACUCGCAGUCGCAGGCGAACCUGGACGAGGAUCAGCUCGAGACCGACCGGCUAGCAAGGAACCUGCCCGAGGUGAGUCUACGCUAUGGUGCCGGCCCGGUUCCGCCGGACAACGAAAAGGUGUUUUUCUUCGACAUCGACAACUGCCUGUAUAAGCGCUCGACCAAGAUCCACGAUCUGAUGCAGGUCUAUAUCCAUCGGUUUUUCAAAGAGCAUUUGCAUUUAAACGACGAGGACGCGCACGCGCUGCACAUGAAGUACUACAAGGAGUACGGGCUGGCGAUUGAGGGGCUGGUGCGGCUGCACAAGAUCGAUGCUAUGGAGUACAACAAGGUGGUGGACGACGCUCUUCCUCUGGACAAGAUAUUGCGCCCGAACCCCAAGUUGCGCGAGAUGCUGCUGCGACUCAAAAAGUCGGGCAAGGUAGGCCGGCUGUGGCUGUACACGAAUGCAUACAAGAACCACGGCCUGCGCGUGGUGCGGCUACUGGGCAUUGGAGAUCUGUUUGACGGCAUUACAUUCUGCGACUACGCCAAGUUCCCGCUCACGUGCAAGCCGAUGAAGGAGAGUUUUGAUCAGGCGCUGCGCCAGGCCGGCGUGAUCGACCCCAAGAACGCAUAUUUCGUCGACGACUCGGGCCUGAACGUGGUGGCAGCGAAAAAGUAUGGCUGGGGCAAGGUUAUCCAAUUUGUCGAGCGCGACGAGGACAUGCAGGAGCUGGCGGCCGGCUCGCAGGAGGAGCGUGAGGGUAUCAUUGUUAUCCGGGACAUUUUGGAGCUGGAAAAAGUGUGUCCCGAGCUCUUCAGUCGGUGAAGAUCUCGGGCAUUGUGAGCUCGCGCUCGAUCCGCGCCAGCACGUUGGUCAGAACGGCAACACACUCCGUCACCGUUGGCAGAAUUGCGCCGCUGUAGUUGCGGAAGUACCUGUUCUUGACCAUGUUGAUAUAGAACUUGAUGUGGUGUAAUAAAUAUUCGUUUUCGGGCACCCCAGACAGGUCCAGUUGCAGCCGCUCGUGGUAGUCGGUCGAGUAGUAUGUGGCCUCGUUUAGCGAGAAGCCGAGUCUUUUGUUGAGCAGCGAGGUUUUCAGCCACCCCAGCAUCAUGAACAUGGCCAUCUGGAACAGCUUGAGACGCGCAAGCGUAUCCUGCAACGUCGGGCUAGUGCGGGUUUCGGCGGCCAGUUUUAGCGAGCACCGGCUGAAAAUGCGCGAGAAAUGGUACAGCGCAGCUACCAAGUCCUCUUUUUCGAACUCGUACGUCAGUAGUUGCCCGGACAGGCCUUGCAGCCCGGCAGAGUCGAGCUUGGACUCGUCGUUGGCAGUCUUUUCGAUCAAAAACUUGAAUAUUAGCCAGAGUUUAAGAUAGCGCAGGAUCGGGACCGUUAGCUGCUGCACGUUGCAAAUAAGACGGUGGACGAGCAUUGCGUGCGCUCCAAGCUCUUUGUCGACGAUGUCGCAUACCAGUCGCAGCCAUUCGCGUGCAAGUUCGGAAAGUGGCCUCUCAAAAAGCUCGAAAUACCACUGUCCAAGACUCACAAGCAUCCCGUUGAGCAGCUGUAUGGCAUGCACGCUUCCCUGGUCCAAGCAGAUGUAAUCGUCAACGUUGGGAUCGUUGACACGCGAGUCAACGAGCAGGCGGACGACAAUGGUGACGAACGCGCGCAGCUCAGGCAAACCUGCCUUUUUCGUUUUGGACGAGCGCACCAGUGACAGCAGAAACUGCAACUUCAUCACCUGUGUAGUUACGUGGGGGAAACUUUUUUUCGACUCGAUCUUGAACUCUGCUCCGUGGCCCACCAUUCCGUCGGCCAGCAUAAAAUCGCGAACAAGGGCCUCGUCAGCCACAAUCUCGUUGCUGAGGUCCGUCUGCAACAUUCGCCACACACUAGUCGCCGAGAGCUGCAUAAAAUCGGUAAUCUCGUCCAACCCUAACGUUUUUCGCUCCGAGUACCAGCGCCCCUCUCCCAGCAGGGUCUCCGGCAGCAGUUCGAGCCUUG